AUGUACUCAAACCAUGUCCCACAAGGCCAUAAUCCCCCUCAUCUACACAGCUCCGUUCACAUGCCAAACGGCCUACAUAACCAACCAUCAAACGGUUCCAUCCACCACACCACUCAGCCCCACCGCUCCCCCGCCCCAUCAUCCUCCAAAGAACGUGUCACCGUUCUCGCCGUCCCCUCUGUCGCUGUGCAGAACAAUCAGCUUGUCGUCGGCGACUCUCAGAGUAGCUCGACUCGAUCGUAUACGCCACUCAAGGUCGUGGGAGAUGGCUCUUUUGGAACCGUGUGGUUGUGCGACUGGCAUGGGACGUUACCGCCCAAUACCCCAAUGUCUGCCAUGCAGUGUGGCGCGGGCGCGAGACCGGAGUAUGUGGGGAAGAGGCUUGUGGCAGUCAAGAGGAUGAAGAAGAAAUGGGAAGGUGGCUGGGAUGAGUGCAGGAAACUCAAGGAGCUCGAGUCGCUGCGAGCUAUCCCUUAUCACCCUAACAUUAUACCGCUGUACGACUUUUUUCUUCUCCCCGACACCAAGGAGCUUUAUUUCGUCUUCGAGUCGAUGGAGGGCAAUUUAUACCAGCUCAUCAAGACCCGCAAAGGCAAACCCCUCGCGGGAGGGCUCGUCUCCUCUAUUUUUCGACAAGUCGUCGAGGGUCUCCAUCAUAUCCAUUCUUCUGGCUAUUUUCACCGUGACAUGAAGCCAGAAAAUUUGCUCGUCACAACGACAGGCUUGUACGAUUAUCGUUCUCUAUCCCCGAUCGCUCCUCCAGAUGCACCGCCGGAGCGCGAUGUGGUCGUCAUCGUCAAACUAGCCGACUUUGGUCUGGCGAGGGAGACUUCGAGUAAGCCGCCGUACACCGAAUACGUUUCCACGCGUUGGUAUCGCGCACCAGAGGUCCUGCUGAAAAGUCGGGACUACUCAAACCCCGUGGACAUGUGGGCGUUGGGAACCAUCAUGGCAGAGCUUGUCAACCUGAGACCUCUCUUUCCGGGUCAAGGGGAGAUUGACCAAGUCGCACGCAUCUGUGAGAUGUUGGGAGACCCAUGUUCCGACUAUGGCGUAGAUGCGAGGGGAAGGCCAAUUGGGGGAGGUAAGUGGACCAGAGGUAUCAAAAUGGCCAAGGCCGUGGGUUUCGCUUUCCAGAAGAUCAAGCCUAUGAAUAUUUAUUCGAUCUUCGAGCGGACCGUUCCAGUCAAGUUGAUUGACUGUAUCGCAGAUCUUCUGAGGUAUGAUCCUGACGCGCGGUUGACCAGCCGCCAGUGUCUGGAUCACCCAUACCUUCUUGAGUCGACACCUCUGAACAAUCCCCCGGGUCCGCCUACUACACCUGGUCAAUCUUCUGCAGUGUACACGAAGUCAUCUUCACUCAAUGGCGUUUCCCCCGCAGUCUCACUUCCCUCCAUCCUUCCUCGCAAUAUUCCCCCCUCGCAUUCACAUUCAUACCACAGAGUCGAGUUCCAACCCACUGCACCCACCGCUUCUGCUCAUAUACCAGAUGCAUCGUCUUCCCACCGUUCGUCCUUCUAUGACUCCUUGUACUCUACAAGACCGCGGGUUCUAUCGGACGCCUCAUCCCGGACCUCAGAGUGGCCGCUCAACUCUGGCCGUCGCCCAGAUCCAUAUCGUGCUGAGUUGCCACACCUCACUGACAGUCAGUCAUCGACAUAUACCUCCGCAUAUUCCAUCGGGAGCGACCGUGCGGUCAACGUUCGCAUCGCGCCGAACGGUCAGCCCGACUGGGACGCGAUGGAUAUUUCUCCUCAUGUCGAGUCGCCCGAACAGUAUGCGGUCGCUCCUAACCAAGCGAUGGACAUCCUGACAUCCCCUAUGGUCCGCGAGUACCCCUCGCGACCUCAAGUCGAACCUGAACAUGAUCAAUCGCAUGCGCCCGCCUCCGAGGUUUCCCAUCCACAGGGUGCCAAAUUCGGCAAGCUGGGCGCGCUCGGGUUUGGCAAGAAACACAGCAAGUGGUCUCUCUCUAUGUUCGGCCACGGAGACAAGGGCACGCAGCAGUCGCUGCCGUCUGUGCAGGAGAACGGCGGGUCUGCCGGCUCGACGCCUUCACUUAAGCGGACGCAGUCUGUCUCAAGUACAGACAGUCGCUCACUACAGGAGUUCUCGCCUACACAGGAAGCUGUACCUCCUCCGAUUGACGCCAAGGCGCGUAAAGAGGAGGCGAAGCGCGUCGCCCUUGAGGCUGAGAUGCAACGGCGACAGAUGGUGGAGAGGAACCAUCGCGAGCAGGCCCGUGCUGUCAUGGAGAAGCGGGAGCGGCUGCUCAAUGCGACGGGCAACAAGGAGCUUCCGUGGCUCACGAGUCACAACCUUGUCGCUAGACAUGGUCCACCGCCUCCCGCAUACAGGGAUAAGGGCAAGCAGCCGUCCGCGGCGGGUCGCAUCCGGCAUACCCAGAGCCACGGGACAAGCUCGAAGACGAUUGGCGCCGCCGGAGGCAGCUUCGCCAGUCCGGCGGAAAGCAUGCUUUCCCGCGCCGAGUGGCGGCGGGAUAGUGAGCGGGAGCCGAAGGCGCGCCGACGAGAAUACGACGACGACCAUUCGAUGUCGUCGGAUCUGCACAGUGGGAUGUCCGUCAUCUCUUUCGCGACGGUGGAUAGCGAUCCUGGGCCUGCACGCGCACGACAUCGUGCGAGCGCGUACGGACUCAACAGGAUGACGUCGAUGUCCUCAUUGCAGACAGCCUCGGUCGACAAUUACUCUACCCGUCAGCGGUCUUCGGCGUCACUCUCGCAGGAGCAGCAGCUGGUCAACGAAUUCCACUUGCGAGCAUCGGUCGAUUCGACGUCAUUGUCGGAUGGUGGUUCACCACAACCACCUCCGAUGCAGAUGUUGUCUCUGUCGUCGCCAAUACCCUGGCAGCAGAACGAGCAUCCGUCUGACGAUGGUGGUGGAAGUCUUAUCGCACGACGGCAUGGCCUUAGUUCUGAAACGACGGGAUUAUCUCUACCUCCAGCCCCUCGACAUCCUCAGUACUUCCAGCCAUCCGGACCACACAGUCCUUACGAACUGGGUGUGCAACACCACGCGUAUCCACCAAGUCCUGGUGUUGCACCGAAGUCGGCCAUUAAUCCAAUAUUCAAAGUGCCACCAUUACCCCGGCAUCUGGAUACUGGUUCUCUGCCACCGUUUUCUCAGCUAGAGGCAGUCGCAGACGGGGAGUACCCACCGCUGUCGCCAAUGUCGUUCACGUCUCCCGAAGAGAUCAGCAACGAAGACAGCUAA